UGUAUUUACGUCACACCUGUAUCUAACGAGAGGUGGAAGAUAAAGGACCUAGUGGUGUUGACUGAAGUGCGGUGGAGUAAACCGGAAACAAGUAGUAUGGAAAACAGAGGAAUCUACGUAUUGAGCGUGUGGGUGAUGAGUUGUGUAGCAGCAGCAGCAGCAGGAGCAGGGGUGUUGCCGAUUACUCCACCAUUGUUUGAUCCAUCAAGCUCCACAAAGUUGGGACUCAACAACGGCCUAGCUCGAACUCCUCAAAUGGGAUGGAAUAGCUGGAAUUUCUUUGCUUGCAACAUCAACGAGACUGUUAUCAAGGAAACAGCUGAUGCCCUUGUUACUUCUGGUUUGGCGGAGCUUGGCUAUGUAUACGUAAACAUAGAUGAUUGCUGGUCUUCUUUUAAACGGAGCGCGGAGGGUCUAUUAGUCCCUGAUCCAAGAACCUUUCCAUCUGGAAUUAAAGUUCUUGCUGACUAUAUACAUGAAAAGGGUCUCAAACUUGGUAUCUACUCUGAUGCUGGGGCAUUCACAUGUCAAGUUCGACCUGGAUCUCUUUUCCAUGAAAAUGAUGAUGCAAAGCUUUUUGCUUCUUGGGGAGUGGAUUACCUGAAGUAUGACAACUGUUUUAAUUUGGGCAUCAAAGCAGAGAAUAGAUAUCCUGUGAUGCGCGAUGCUCUACAAGCCACUGGGCGUGCCAUUUUCUAUUCAAUUUGUGAAUGGGGUGUUGAUGACCCUGCACUGUGGGCUGGUAAUGUGGGGAAUAGUUGGCGAACAACGGAUGACAUUAGCGAUUCAUGGAAAAGCAUGACUGCUAUUGCUGAUUUGAAUGACAAGUGGGCUGGGUAUGCGGGACCCGGAGGAUGGAAUGAUCCAGAUAUGCUAGAAGUUGGUAAUGGUGGGAUGACUUUUCAGGAAUAUCGAGCUCAUUUUAGCAUUUGGGCUUUGAUGAAGGCUCCGCUUCUGAUUGGCUGUGAUGUAAGAAACAUGGGUACAGAAACAUUAGAAAUAUUAUCAAACAGGGAAGUCAUUGAAAUAAACCAAGAUGAACUUGGGGUUCAAGGAAGGAAAGUUAAUGUUACUGGAAUAGAUGGUUGCCAACAGGUAUGGGCUGGACCUCUUUCUGGUAAUCGAGUGGUGGUUGCCUUUUGGAAUCGGUGCUCGAAAGCUGCUACAAUUAAAGUUACAUGGGAUGUGCUUGGAAUACAGUCAUUUGUCAGCGUGUCAGUAAGGGACUUGUGGAGGCAUCAGGAUAUCAUGGAAGGCGUGACGGCAUCAUUUACUGCCCAAGUAGAUGCACACGGCUGUGAGCUCUUCAUUUUUACUCCUCAAACAGUAUCUCAACACUCUAUAGUCUAAACAAAUGUGGUUGGCGGAUAAAUGAUUGUUGUACCAUUAUUUAUACCUCACCUCUGCAUGAUUCAUAAUAGAUGUUUCCAUUAGCUCUUUGAGGUGUUGCUGUGUGUUCCAAACAUUACAAAGUGAAGGGAUAUUACCCUUUUGGCAGAACUUGAAUUCUAAAUGCCUAGAAUAACAAGAUGAGUGUGUAUAUGUUUUUAACUAAAGUUAAAGAUGCGCUUUACAUAAUGCAGCAUAGA